AUGGAUUCCGAAACUGGCGCGGACAGUGUGGUUCAUGAUAAGGAGUUGGAUGUGAGCACAAUUCUACUAGAAUCCGAUAAGGACACAGAAGCUAGCAAGAGCGAGGAUAAUGUUCCCUCAAAGUCUGGAAAUACUGCCGAAUCGAACACAACAUCGGAGCGAAAAUGCCCUACACCUGCAGACGAGCCACCCAAGACGGAUGCUCAGACGAAACAAGACGAACAAUGUGAGCAUCCGGAAGCGUCUUUAACGACCACGGAACGGAAAGAUGAUGUAAUUCUGAUAGAGGAUGAUGACAAGGAAGCUUCCCAAGCAUCCAAGUCUAACUCGCCAUCCGAAUCCGUCGCGUCGCCAACGGGAACUCCGCCAGCGCAAGAGGAAUCUACUUUGUGCUCCACGAUGCUCGAUCAGCAGCCGUUGAUGAAGACCAUUAAGGAUGCGAAGGAGUUGGUGGAAAUAUCUGACAGCAGCGAUGAAGAGGACGAAAAAGAAAGCUUUCAAUCCGAUGGUCACUGCCCGAUCUUCACAUCAUCAACGGUGAAGAACAACUGGCUGUGCUUCGUCGCCCGGCCCCCGAGUGGCUAUGCCUUCUGGGUACAGUUUCCUCCCGAGUCCGUGCGUAAUUCCACCUCAACGUUCAAUCUGAAGAUCGCUUCAGCCACACAUCUCGCCUAUCUCGAUCCGCCCGAUGUGAAGCUUCAGAACGGUACACGCGUGAUCGCUAAAAUCCGAUCACGGGACAAAUCGGAUGGCACGGACUAUAGACACCGGGGCAAAGAUUCGUUCUACGCCGGCAUAGUGGCCGAGCCUGCUGGGUCCGUCACCAACUACCGGUAUUUGAUUUUCUACGAUGACGGGUACGCACAGUACAUAAACCAAGAAGACGUCCGGGUCGUGUGUGAGCAGUCGGAGAAUGUUUGGGAAGAUGUCGCUGAACUUUCGCGGAAUUUCAUCAAAACCUAUCUGGAAAAUCUUACCGCUAUACGGCCAAUGGUGCAGGUUAAGCCAGGCCAACGGUUGCGAACGGAGUUGAACGGGAAGUGGCACGCAACUACGGUUCUGGAAAUCGAUUGCAGCUUGAUUAAGCUACAGUUUCAAAGCAUGAACCACACGGAAUGGAUUUACCGUGGAUCGAGGCGGCUCGAGCCACUGUACUUCAGAGAAACCCAGCGGCAGCAACGGAACGCAAAGUUUUCCAAGCUUCAGAAGCGAAACGAGCCGUCGAUAGAGUACAUUAUUACGAUAGACGAUGAUAAAGACGAAGAAAAUGCUACCCAGAUGGAGAAGGUCAAAAAGGAACGUAUGUCCACAAACGAGGUGCGAGAGGGUGACAGAGCAAAGCAGACAGCAAGUACAAACGUUACCGAAAAGACGGUCACCCGCCCGCGGUACAUGAACCAGAACAUUAUCUACUGUGAUAAUGACAAACCGGAAGGAACGGUCACGACGUACCCUUCCACCCGGUUCGCAGAACCGAAACAGUACACACCGCACACGUGCAACCGGUCCUGUCUCUACGAAACCACAUACGACUUGCGGGUUUACAGUUUCUUGGGCCAUCCCCUCCUUUGCGGCUGGGAGCGUCAGUUGUGCACAAUACGGAACAAAAAAUCGGUCGUUGUUUAUCGGGCUCCGUGCGGUCGCCGUCUGCGGUCCAUGGACGAGGUGCACCGCUACUUGCGCCGCACGAAGGCCGCGCUGAACGUGGACAACUUCGAUUUCGACCCCGAAAUACGCGUGCUAGCGGAGUACCGGAUCAAACAGAUGGUGGUCAACAUACCGGAUCUAUCGAAUGGUCUUGAGUAUACACCGGUUUCGUGUGUGAACGCUUUCGAUGACACCAAACCGCCACCGUGCGACUACUCGGUCAACCGCAUUCCCACCGAGGGCGUCAACCUGAACCUGAACCCGGAGUUUAUGUCUUGCUGUGAUUGCCAGGACGAUUGCUUCGACAAAAGCAAAUGCCAGUGCUGGCAGUUGACGAUAACUGGGGCGCGGUUCUUGAAUCCGAAGCAACAGAUCGACUCGAUCGGCUACAUCUACAAACGCUUGCAAGAACCGGUACUCACUGGAAUCUAUGAGUGCAACUCGCGGUGCAAGUGCAAAAAGAACUGCCUUAACCGGGUCGUGCAGCAUCCACUGCUCAACAAGUUACAGAUCUUCAGAACGAACAACAGAGGCUGGGGCAUCCGCUGCCUAAACGACAUACCGAAGGGCAGUUUCAUUUGUCACUACUCGGGCCAUCUUAUCACCGAGGACACCAGCAAUAAGAUCUGCGCCGAAGACCUAGGGGGCGACGAGUACUUUGCCGACCUGGAUUACAUCGAAACUGUGGAGAACGCGAAGGAGGGCUACGAAAGUGACGUUUCGGAGGUGGAACAAGUAUCGGUGGACGGGGAGUACGAGGAAUCAAACUCUUCGCCAGAAGACGAGAGGACUAGAAGUUCGAAGCAAGACUCUGAUGAAGAUUUCACUAUCGACCGCGCACGCUCCAAGACUGCGGUUACAACGCGAUCUCAGUUGAGACCCCGCAAAACCACCACGACGACAAUAUCUCUUGACCAUAUGUCGGAUAGCAGCGAGCCAGAGGCAAAGGACGACAAACGAGUAAAUCUUGACGAUACGCCGGAUAGCAGCGAGCCAGAACCAACAGGCAAGAAUCGAGUGCGCGAACCAGUGAACUUCAUGCCACGAACCGAGAUGACCAAGGUGGAUCGCCUGGGCGAAAAUGGAGUGGAAAAGAAACCACUUCGCAGCUGUUUCGGUGAAAAUGAAGCAAUUUACAUCAUGGAUGCAAAGAAAUCGGGUAAUCUGGGACGGUACUUCAAUCAUUCCUGUGCACCGAACCUCUUCGUGCAGAAUGUGUUCGUCGACACGCACGACGUGCGGUUCCCGUGGGUGGCGUUUUUCGCCGACAAAUCCAUAAAGGCCGGUUCGGAGCUAACGUGGAACUACAACUACGACAUCGGAUCUGUGCCCGGAAAGGUGCUUUACUGUCACUGUGGAGAAAAAGAGUGUCGAAAACGUUUACUUUAA